UGACAAGUGAUCAUCAAAAGUGGUUAAGUUUUUAUUAUUGAUUUUGAGUUCUUUUUAUCAUUUCAUUUCUGUACGUGUUUUAUAUCAAAUGGGAGAACAGAUGAAUGCAGUUACCAUUUUUGUUAAAGAAGAAGGAAUAGAAUUGGAACCUCCAGGUAUAUUGAAAGAAGAGGAGGAUGAACAGAACUCCUUUUCCAACAGUGAGUUUCCUGAGGAGUUGCAGGAUUUUAAAACAUUACCAAAUAUUUUGGAACAUUUGAGAGGUUGUAAUAAGUCAUCAACUGAAGAGGGAUAUCCGAAAUAUGAAGAUGAAGGAGAAACUUCACUUGCAGAUUAUGAAAUAAGAGAAGAAAACGAAAGUAAUAUAGAAAAAAUGGAAAUAAAACCUCUUCGGAAAAUGUACACCUGUGAAUUUUGCAGUUAUGAAUCGAAUAGAGAUCAUAAUUUAAAGAGGCACAUGCUUAGCCAUAAGGAUCCCGCUGAUAUAGAAAUGGUGACGUGUUCAUUGUGUCACUAUAAAACCAAACAUAAAAGUGAUCUCAAAAAGCAUAUACUCAAUCAUAAAAAUCCUGAAGAGAUUAAAAUGUUCAAGUGUGAAUUUUGUACCUAUAGUUCCAAGCACAAAAGUUAUCUUCGAAAACAUUCCUUAGUUCAUAAACUUCCCUCUGAGACCCCAAUGUAUAAGUGUCAGGUAUGCAUGUAUGAGACAAAAAGAAAACACCUUCUUCAGAACCACAUGUUGACUCACGAGUCCAAACCAGUAUCUCUGAAAGCCUUGCUGAAAUGUGAGCAUUGUACAUAUCACACCGAACACCCUUCAUUUUUAAGAAGGCAUAUGGCCAAGCACCAGAUGCACAAGUGUGAAUUGUGUGAUUAUGAGACACGGCAUAGGUAUUAUUUGAAAAACCACAUGCUCAUUCAUAAAAAUCCUUCUGAACUGGAAAUGUUUCCUUGUAAAGUUUGCAAAUUCGAAUUCAAGCGUGAUGCAGAUCUCAAAAAGCACGAAGUUUUGCACUUGGCUCCAUACGAAACAGAAAUAUACCAAUGUGACGAGUGCUCCUAUACAACAAAGUUCAAAGCCUAUCUCAAGAAACAUGCUGUUGUUCAUAAGAGUUUGUCGGAGGUAGUAAGAUUCAAAUGCGAGUAUUGUGAUUACGUGACGAAGCGUAAAAACAAAAUAGAAGCUCAUGUCAAAAGAGUACACAGUCAUCACAAUGAAGCAGAAUCAGAAAAAAAAAUUCUUGAGUCCAGUGAUUCACCUAUUUCUUCUCUGUCUUAGAAUUAAGGGAACUAGCAGCAAACCGAACUACAUACACCUAUUAGUCUAGAGAAGAAGGAACCUGUUGAAAGAAUAGAUUGAAAAGUUAAUGACAGCAUAAAAAUUGUUGUAAUGGUAGAACGUAUCAGACUGAUUAUAUUUAGUUUAUGAUAAUACAAAGUAAGGUGAAGCAGGGAGGUAAAGAAUUAAUUUUUUGUCGGUUCUGAAAUUGUUGAGUAAAAAAGGUUCGACAUAAGUGACAAGGUGAUUAUUAUUUUUUUACGGGGCAUUCAUCAAUCAUACAAUGAGAAAAACAACUUGUAGAAACCUUAUAAUUAAUAUGAUAAGUGUUGUUAGGUUUAUACCCGUUGAAUAUAUCUGUCAAAGAUCAUGGUAUGGCGCUCUGGUUGGUUAGAGGUAAGAUUGCAAAAUUGCCAAUUUGUCACCUUACAUUACGUUUCUUUAUUGUCAUUACUUUACCUUUUGUUUUAUCUUGAAUGCAAGUAUGGUAUCUGAAUUGUUAAAUUUGGUUACCAUACUUUAAUUACCUAAUGUUUUCAUAAACUAGACGCAAUAGCAAAAUAAAUUUAAAUCGAUUCAAGAUAGUGGGAAAGAAAUUGGAGUGAACUGUUGAAAAGGGUAGAAAAAAUUGGACCUGUAACAGAAAAAAUAAAAGAGGAUAUUUGACU